UUUUCCGGCGUUGUGCGUCAGAGCCGGGCAAGAUGGCGUCCCAGCAACAACAGCCCGGUGGACCGAUGGCUCAACCCGUAUUACAACAACCGAAUGCAUUACAACAACAACAGCAGCAGCAGCAACAGUUGAGCCAACAGCAGGACUUUGACCCCGUCCACAGAUUUAAGAUGUUAAUUCCACAGCUGAAGGAGAGUCUGCAGAAUUUAAUGAAGAUUGCCUCCAUGAAUUUGGCCCAUAACACAUCAAUUGACAACGGCAUCAAAAGCAGCGACACCUCUGUGCAGCGCUUUGACAAAAGCCUGGAGGAGUUUUAUGCCCUGUGCGAUCAACUGGAGCUGUGCUUGCGGCUGGCCUAUGAGUGCCUCUCCCAGAGCAUCGACAGCGCCAAACAUUCGCCCAACCUGGUCCCUACAGCCACCAAGCCUGACACGGUGCAGACAGAGUCCAUGUCUUAUGCCCAGUACCUCGGCAUGAUCAAGUCUCAGAUAUCCUGCGCCAAGGAUAUCCACAAUGCUUUGCUGGAGUGUUCAAAGAAGAUCGCAGGAAAGGGACAGCCUCAGGGAAUCAUGUAGAACCACACCUGACUUUUGGAAUGGUCUCUGCUUUCCUUGAGAAAUCGAGAUGAAGUUUAUGAUGAGUUUCAUACAAGGGGCUAUCCCAUUAUCUCAAACAUAGGAUGCUGUUUUAUUUGUCAAGAUCCUGUAUAUUUGGUUAAUAUUUCUUUUGUAUAAUGUUGUCUUGUAAGCACUGUAAAUAUUCCUGACAAGUCAUAUCCUAAGAUGACCAGCAGGUGGUGCCAGAGUUCUGCCAACUCAAAAUUCACGUCUUUUGUAGCUUAUUUGUAUUAAAUAUGAAAACCUUUCCACUGAUA